AUGACAACCAGAUUAACACCAGACCAAGCGAAAUCCCUCCACUUGUACAACCUAGCCCACACGUUCCCCAGUACACCCCUCCACAAGCAAUACGCACUCCAAUUCGACCGCACCACGCUCCAAAGCCAGAUCCAGUUGCCACAACCACUACAACAUAAGAUAUGCAAAUUGUGCGGCGUGUUGCAAAUACCAGGCAUAACGCAGUCUUUCCGCAUUAAAUAUGGCGGGAAAGGGAGUGGGGUGCGGAGGUUGCGGUAUCGGUGUUUGAGCUGCGGUGGGGCUGUGUAUAGCGAUCCGUUGAUUGCGAAACGGGAACCACCACCACCACCACCACCGCCACAAGAGGAGAAAGAGGAUGAGGUGGUGGUGGUGGAGGUGGCUGCUCCGGUUGAUGACUCGGCGACGAAAGAUGCUCAAGUUGAAGCGAGUGCAGCUGAUGGUGGUAGUGGUGGUAGUGAUGGAAAAGGGGAGGCGAAGGUUAAUGCCACUAGUGACGCGCCUGAGGCCGACUCUGUGGACACGCCAGAAGUCAGCUUAAAGAAUAAACUGGCAAAGACCCGAGCCCGCAAACGGAAAGCCAAUUCAGAGUUGCUGAAUUUGCUCAAGAGAAAGAAAAACCAAGAUCAGAGGCAGUCAAAAUCAAACUCAUUAAACUUGAUGGAUUUCAUGCAGUAA